AUGUUUUUAUUGUCGAUGAUUGAAGCCCGGAGUGUCCGCCUGUCCUUCCUUGACGAUAACGUGGGUCGAUACAUGAUCCCCACGCGCUCAAAGGGUCAGCAUCUUGCUGUACAGACUUAUCAAGGCCCGUGUCAGGUCCAAUUCAGACAGGUAAGGCUCGACAAUCUCAACACCGGUAUCGCCCCUAGCAUUUGGUGGCUGCAGGACAAGCGAGCGAAAUCAUACCUAAGUACUCUUGAGCAUGUGUACUCGGGAAAGAUCGCAUCAUACUACUCGAAGGAUCCAGCCAUCACUCCCGUCUCGGCUCGCGUUGCUGACAUCCAAGAUUACUCGCUAGCCAAUGCUACCAUCUCCAGAGGAUUCCAGCAUCUCACAUCAGCAAACGAGUCCAUCCAAAUCUAUGUAACAUCUUUCCAUGUUUAUCGCAUCCGCCCUGCCUUCUGUGGACGCGAGAUGGUUCCCUCGGAGCUAAAUCAAAGACAGGCCGCCCAGGAAGACAUCUUGAGAAGCACGACAAGCGAAUCGCUCACAUGA